GUCACACCCACCACGCCGCUGCUCAGUCAGAAAAUUUCACUCGCAUUAACGGUACUGACUUUGACCCAACGAAAAUAAUAGCGAAUGAGUACGGAAGCAAACAUUAACAUAUAGUAAUGACCAAUCCAGAUCCACCCGAGCAAUAAGACAGCCGGCUCUGCCACUGAAUAAGACGAUGUCAAGUGUAACAUCUCGUGUGCUGAAAUCCUUGCCAUGGAUUGAUGCGCGAUAAACCGGUACGAUGAAGUAUAAUAGAGUACCUCACCGCAUUGUAACGCACAGCCUACGAGCUAGCAACACUGUGUCCAAUCUGUCCCAUCUUGCUAGGUCCGGGAAUUGCUUGCACUAUCGGAACAUCCGAAAGUCUAAUGAGCGUAACCAGUGAAAAACACAUGAAGCACAGACAGGUAUGCAUCACUAGCAGCAUCAACUCCGCACUAACGUAACCACAGAAUCGUUCUGGACAUGCCAUGCCAGACUUGGCGUGCACCAGAUGCCGGGAGCGCAAGAUCCGUUGCGGACGGGAACGGCCUCGCUGUCGUAACUGUGAGAGGGAGGGGGGCGUCUCUUGCAUCUAUCGAAUCCCAGCCAAGCGUGUCAACCAUUUGAAGUUGUUGUGUGAUAGCAUCGAACGACUGCAGGAUCGAUUGACCACUAUCGAAUCUCACCUUAGUCGACUCCAUGGCACUGGGCCCGGGCUCAGGACUCCAACGUUCGAGGAAGACCAGGAGACAACUGUUUCGUGUGGGUUGGGUGGGUUGUCUGCAAGCAGCGCAAAUGAUUCUGAUAUGGAGGACGAGGACAACAAGGAGGGGGCCACACCAGAUUAUUCCUUCGGACCUGCAUCUGUCUCAGGCCUCUGUGACCAGCUUCGGAAACGCAUUCUGUCGGCAACCGAAGAGACCGAAGCCGAAUGGCGACCUCUGUGCGACAUGCUGCAGCACCUAUCCGACAUGGCAGGCAGGACAGAGCCUUUUCCGUCAUACAGCGAUCGGAUCCAUGUCCCGUUGCUGCCUAAACAACAGGUGGUGACCGCUAUCGAUCGGUUCUUCCAGCUUCAGGACUGCCAGACUGACGUUUUUGUACCCGAUAAUGUACUGGCCAACCUCGACCGGGUGUAUGCUCAGCAGCAGCCCGAGGAUGAUGCAUGGAGAAUUUGCUUUCAAACAAUUACCCUGCUGGUUCUAGGCACAGGGAAUUCACAGUCAGCACUGUUCGGCGACUUUGCGCGAUCGUUUCUGCCUACCAGGGCGGCUCUGGUCAGCUCUCGCCUGCUAAGCACCCCUCGACUUGUCAAUGUGCAGGCUUUGCUCCUUCUUAGUGUCGCGGCACAACGAUUGGACCCUCCCGGAUGGGCAGAGCUGAUAUUUGCUCAUGCUUGUAUGCUGGCUCGAUUCAUGGACUUGCAGCACAGUCCAGUCGCCCCGGAUGGUGAUGUACAGAUCGAGCGGGCAAAGGUGCUUCGAGCAUUGUAUGUGCGGGAUCGUAGUCUGUGCGCGCUGCGUGGGUCGGUUCUUUGGUUGCCUAUUGAUGACUCUAAUAUCGCCGCGCAUCUGCGAGUGAGUCUGGAUCAUGACAAAUACUCAGACCGGCUCCACCUUGCUUUGAUUCAGGAGGAUAUAUACCAACUGUGCCAAUGGUCCACGUCCUCGAUCCAAUCGCACUCCCGAGGGAGUUUGAUGCGCACUAUCGAGGAGCAGCUCGAAUAUUAUGCUCGCACAUUGGAUCUCCAGCAGUGCUUUGCAGCAUCAUCCUGUGGACCGCAGGUUGUGAUCGCCCUGGAAUUUUUGAGCACGCGGAUUAUGGCGCUACAACACGGGCGAGAACUGCGGCAUGCGGAGCAAGUCCGACUGGAUUCGCGGACUAGCUGCCUGCUGUUGCUGAAGGCAUACGGUGACCAGGACCCGGCCGUUGUGUAUAGUCUCAACGCCUUGAUAAGUGGAAGAAGUGCCACCGAAAGGACCAGUCACCAGGGCUAUUCCAGUCAUAUCAUCCCAUUUGCAAGCGUGCUCGAUGUGUUUUCUGUCCCUGCUUUCUUUGUUCUGUUGCAAGAUCUGCUUCUGGCUCGAUCGGGCGAGGCCCCAGUUGGGGUGAUGGCAGACUUGGACAUGCUGCGACGGGUGUCGAUCUGCUAUUCGGAGCAUGCAAGUCGUGCGCAGGCCAAUAAUUAUCAUCGAAAGGUAGCGUGGGUUUUUUCACAGUUGUUGGGUCUGCUUGAUGUUGUUCCCGACGUUCAACCUAAACGGUCUCUGCCUGAAUCGCCCAAAGCUCAUGACUUUCCGAGUCCACUAUAUUGGCCGGCGGGCCCAAGCGCCUCGCUGACAUGGGAGAGCUGGUUGGCUGGGGCAUCUUCAAUGGGACUUUCUCCUCUUGCUCCUGGGACACCGUUGGGGACAUGGAAUUUGGUCGGCGCUCAGGCUCCAGACGGGGAAGUCAUGCCGUGGCCGGGGACCGAGGGAUCGGUAGGACAGACGUGUUUGCAGCAUGAAUAGAUUGCAGCUGAACAGAGACUGCACUGGAUAUAGACUGGAUUUCAGACGGUAGGCCUUCGGCACGGGUAGUAGGUAGUCCGGUUGUGGACAGCUGCUGGGACUAUAUAUAGAGUUAGCUAGAUUGGGCAUUGCAUGCAGUU